UAUUUAUCGAAAGACUUCAUACGAACCACAGGAUUUCUUGUCUUCUUCCUUUGAUCACAGAGAAUUAUUGUCCUGUUGAAUUACCUAGAUGACAUUUGACCUGAAAUAAAGAAGCUGUAGCAGGUCAACUUUGAAGCACUCUUUAAACCUGUGUUCACCAAUGGACGUAUAGAGUGUUCCUCGAUUGUCCAAACCUUCUUGCAGUAUGAGUAACCCUCCCGCUGCUGCCCCUCCCAACUUCUACAUGGUAGAAGUUGGUGACUCAACUUUUACAAUAUUAGAUAGAUACCAGAGUCUCAAGCCAAUAGGAUCUGGAGCUCAAGGAAUUGUAUGUGCUGCCUAUGACACUGUGGCUGGCGCAAACGUGGCAAUAAAGAAACUCAGUCGUCCAUUUCAAAAUGUUACCCAUGCCAAAAGGGCAUACAGAGAAUUUGUAUUGAUGAAGUUGGUAAAUCACAAGAAUAUAAUAGGCUUGUUAAAUGCAUUUACUCCACAAAAGACACUAGAAGAUUUCCAGGAUGUGUAUCUUGUAAUGGAACUUAUGGAUGCGAAUUUAUGCCAAGUGAUCAACAUGGACCUUGACCAUGAAAGAAUGUCAUAUCUGUUGUACCAGAUGUUAUGUGGUAUAAAACAUUUACACUCAGCCGGUAUUAUCCACCGGGAUUUGAAACCAAGCAAUAUAGUAGUAAAGUCAGAUUGUACGCUGAAGAUUUUAGACUUUGGCCUGGCACGAACCCAAGGAACGGCAUUCAUGAUGACACCUUAUGUUGUUACCCGGUAUUACAGAGCCCCAGAAGUUAUCCUUGGGAUGGGAUACAAGGAGAAUGUGGAUAUAUGGAGUGUGGGAUGUAUCAUGGCAGAGUUGAUCCGAGGGGCUGUGAUGUUUCCAGGCAGUGAUCAUAUCGAUCAGUGGAACAAAAUUAUUGAGCAGUUAGGAACGCCUUCACGGGAAUUUAUGCAAAGACUGCAACCAACUGUUAGGAGUUAUGUGGAAAACCGGCCUCGUCAUGCUGGCUAUAACUUUGAUAGACUAUUCCCAGAUGUGAUAUUUCCUCAGGACAGUGCUGACCACAGUGGACUAAGGGCCAGCAUGGCUCGUGAUCUCCUAUCUAGAAUGUUAGUGGUAGACCCAGAAAAAAGGAUUUCUGUUAAUGAAGCAUUAAUGCACCCAUAUAUAAAUGUGUGGUACGAUGAGAAUGAAGUAAAUGGGCCAGCUCCGGACUCAUAUGAUCACACAGUAGAUGAGCAGGAACACACAGUGGAGCAGUGGAAAGAGUUGAUAUAUGAUGAAGUAAUGUCAUUUGAAUUCAAGGAUAAGAAGAAGUUACAAACAGCCUCCAAUCCUAUGCAAAACCACGCUGGCAAUGUUGCAGAGUUGGAGCUGCAAACAACGAGAGCUUGACGAAUGACAGUGUGGCAGGCACGAAUUCCAACAGAUGUCGAUAACUGCUGUAUAUAUAGAGCUUGUACUAUACUAGGCCGCAUAAUUUAUUUCUUUCUCCUCACCCAUGUCUGUCAUUACGAGAACAAUAGAUCUACACAUUCAUGUCCAGAUGUUCUUUAUCAAGCUAAUGACUCGUCGACUUACAAAGUAAUCUGAAAUGUAGCUAGGAGGAAAUUCCUUUAUUAACACACAUUUUUACAUUUCAUCUCUAUAAACAAGUGAUUGUCAUAAACUGGUAAUUUAGUCCAUAAGCAAAAUUUUUAAUUAAAUACAUGAGGUUUUAUGUAUGAACAGCUAGUUAUACAAAUGAUUGGGUUUGUAUGAACAGUUGGUAACUGUAUACAGAGUAUUCAACCUUUUCAUACAAAUAAUCUAUUGUGUAUGAACAAUUGGACAUACAUGUGAUUUAGUGUGUAUGAACAGCUGGCCACUCAGUUUAGUUGGUUAGAGCAGCUGGUCACAAAAAUGAUUUUGUUUGUGAAGAACUCCUCCCCCCCACUUUUGUUUUUUGUUUUUUCCAUUAAAGACCUUGUUUUUUUCUUUCAAGUGACAAAAAAAGUAUUUUAAGCCAUUAGGAUAGGGAGUGGGGUAUAUAGAAAUCAGGGUUUCUUGUAGGAAUAAUAGUGAUGUUAUGGGGAUGGGUUGAGCUAUACUGGUGUCCAGUAAGAUGUGGGUUGGGGGAGGGUGUGAGUUUCAUUGAUGUUGUUGGGAGUUGAAAGCAUUUUUCUUAUAUACCUCGAAGAAAAGUGCUAUAUCAUCUGAAAUGAAAUUUAGGAAGUUAGGUACAUGUAUAAUCAUUCAUGAGGUAGUUGAACAAUCAUAAUUUAUAAUGCAGUGUUGAAUAUGUUUAUGAAGUGAUGUCCCAUUCUGCUCUCUAUAUUAAAAUCUUCUCUGAAAUACUGUUUCUAACUAACAUUUAUGAUCAUGUUUGGUACCUCAAAUAGAUAUGGGAUUGUCACUUUUCUAUGAUGAAUUAAUUUGUGUGAUUUCGGAAUUUUUCUGAAGAUUGUGUAUCUGGAACAGUGUGCAUCGACCUGUUGUUUGUUUUUAUAUACUUAAUCAUGAUAUAACAUAGUAAAUUAUAGUUUAUAAACACUAUUCACCUGACGGUUAUCAAUCUGUUGAGUGGUGUACAUACUGCCAGAAUACUGGAUUACUGUGUAAGUCGAUGAAUCAUUGGAUUAUGUUGGGUUGUAACUUAAAGAUAAAGAAAAGCACUAUUUUGUUCUUAUUCAUGUACAGAUAAUUUUGAUAAAUUGUAGAUAAAUAAUAUUAAGAUAUUAUAUUUAGCAGAUUUUUGUACAGUUGGUUCCCAUACAUCACAGACUUGAUGAUUCUCGCCUCCAUAGAGACACUGUGACGUUUAUUAUUAGUAAAUCUGAUUGAAGGAUGUACAUAUUAUUAGAAAGUAAUAUUUUUCUUGACGUAUAGAUUGUGACUGUGGGACAGUACACAGUAUACAUCUAUAUGAUGCUAUACAAUUUGUCUCAUGCUCUAAGCUGUUUAUCUGUUUCUUGUUAUUUGUUCAUUAAUCAUUAUGGUAUUUGUCCAGUUAAACACUAAGCUAAGAGAAAGCAGAAUUCACAUGUACUUUUUCUUUUUUCACCAUAAUCUUCAGAUGAAAGAAAAAAAUUCUUUCUUUCACCUGAACAACUUGUUGAAAGGAGACCGACAAGGAAAUGUGAAUUCUGCUUUGUAUUAUGUUUUGUUACACAUAUAUACUACCAUCACAAAUUAAUUAUAUUAAGUUAUAUGUUGUUCACAAAACCACAAAAGACAACCUCCAUGACCUGGUCAUAAGCUUAAGGGAUAUUAUGGUGACUGGUAAAAAACCAUUUCUGACACAAUCUUCAAUAUAAUAUCUAAAAGCUGGGUUUUAGACAUACACCUAAUUGUGUUAAAUGUACAGAAUAUAUAAAAUGUUUAUGAUUCUUCUUGCCUUGAUAUGUUGCACAUAAUUCCUCUGCUUCUAACAUUUAAAGUUUUUGAUUAUAACGAACCUCUACAUUCACAUCAAUUGAUUCAAUUGUGUUGAGAGAUUUUGUAUGUGAGGAUAAAUCCAGACACAGAAUUAAAAUACUGUUUACACCGGCAGUGUUCAGUGAUUUACAUGCAGACUGAACAGAUUUUGUCUAUGCAGUGAAACUUCAGUAUUGUCACUUGUGACCUCGGCAGCUGAGUGUGUAUUUAACCCAACACACCUGUAGAUUGAAUUUAUCAUGCAAGUUCUAUUCCAUAAAAAGAUCUAGGUUGACUUUGACCUUGUACAUCUCCACAUCUGUUACUUUUGAGGUGACAUAGACUAUUCAGAUUUAAGAAUCAAAGUUUCAAAAACCGGUGAAGAUAGUACUGAAGGUCAUCCCAUUUUUAUAUGGCAGAUGAUCAUUGUGUGUUUAAUACAUCAAAGCGUAUUAUACACUGCACACACACACACACACACACACACACACACACACACACACACACACACACACACACACACACACACACACACACACACACACAC